ACGCGGGCCGCCGCUGGGUCGACGAAUAUGGCAAGCCCCCUUCUCGUGCCUUCGGUCUGUAGUUCGAGGUGGGACGCCGAAAGGGAGCCCACGUGAACGAGUCUGUUUUGAAUAUUAUCGUGAAAUUAAAUAGGUUUUUGUUUCUGGCUAGUAAAUACGCGUGGAAUAUAUUUAUUUUUUAAACGGGAAUGCAAGAUAUUUAAUCGUGAUGAAGUCCCCUCCAACGAAGUCAAUCCGCUUGCUGCAAGAAAAAUACGAGGAAAAUCGGGACUUGAUGUUUCAGAACUUGCUUGCCGAUGAUGUUCUCAGUGACGUCACCUUCCACUGCAGGGAUGGAUUUGUCAAGGCUCAUAAAGUCAUUUUAGCAGCUGCCAGUCCCUACUUUAAAAAGGUUUUCGCUGUGCAUUCCGAACCAAAGACUGCGUAUAUUUUACAUGGAGUGACCGUGGGACAAAUGAAAAGUCUUAUGGAGUUAGUGUAUAGAGGUGUAACAGAUAUCUCCUCAGACAUGAUGACUAAGUUGUGUCAGGUUGCAACUGAAUUUGGGAUAACUGGUAUCGUUGAUACCUCUAUGGGUGAUACGAGUGAUAAAUCCAUAUCCCCAGGGGGAAGAGACACAAGAUUCAAAGGACAAAAACGUGUAGCUGUAGAUUUUAGAGAAGAAACAGAAAAUUUAAAAAUACCUGAAACUAGAAUACCCAUCAAACGCAUCGAAUUCGAAAGAAGACCCAGUACCUGUUCAGAAAAAUCAAAAAAGUCUGAUAGUCCUUUAAGUCCUUUACCGUCAACAGUUCCAAUCUUGGAGAGUAGUUUUACGAGUCCAGCAAAGGAAAUACAUUCGCCUGAAUCAAUAACACUCCCUACACUUGCUCAACUGUCCGCUGCUGCAAGAAGAAGUAGCAACUGGGCUAUGAAGCUGAGAAAAUUCAAAUGCGAUCUCUGCCCAGCUAGCUUCAAACGAGCAUCACAUCUAAGUAGACAUCAACUGGUCCACACUGGUGAGCGUCCCUAUGCAUGUUCACAAUGUGAUAAGGCUUUUUCUAGACAUGAUAAGCUCAAAAAUCAUAUUAAGAGAGCUCAUGAUGGUUCCGAUAAUGAAAAUUUACAGAGUGGAAACUUUCCAUUUACAUUGGGUCAUGUAAAAAUCCAAACCUCCCAGUCUGAUGAAAUCAUGGAGGAUCCUCCGGUAGUAAGAUGGGAGGACCUUACUCCUCGUAAGCCUACAGUAUGUGCUCCAUCUGCUACAGACAACAUAACAAAAAGGCCAAAAAAAGAAGCAGAACACAUAGUUAGUAUUAAUGUAUCAAAAACGUCAAUAUCAGGCAGUGGUGCUCCGCAGAAGAAAGGACGAGGAAGACCUAGAAAAUAUCCACCAGUUCCUAGACCUCUCGUCAAGCGUCCAAGAGGUAGACCACGUUCAAAAAAUAAGAGUUCACCUCCAGCUACUCCAGUUACUACACCCGUGCCCAAAAUAAUAGCAGCCCCAGAAAACUACGAUAUCACUAAUAUGCCUUUCGGAGACUUGGAGUACCUGACUAAAUCUCUUUGUGAACCAAAUAAUGAACAAAUCGAGGACACUUCUAAUCUUACAAUGGAAGCCGGUGUUAUGGAACCCUUUGUAGAAAUAAACCUUGAUCAGAGCGAUUCGAACGAUGGUCAAAAUCAUACGUCUGACGGUGGAUCUCAAAACCCUGGAAAUUUUUUUAAAAAAAUUGGAUUGCUAGAAACGAAUUCUGUGAGUACAAUUGGGAAUUGUACAAUAUCAGUAGCCAGUUCCUCGCAAAGAUCUUAAAUGUGUUUUAUUAAUAAUUUAGUUUUACUUCACUUUUAUAAAAAGGAAUUAUAUUUAUUUUUAUGUCUUAAGUACGUUUAAAUAGCACUUUUUGAAUUAAAAUUGUUAUUUUUUGA